GGCUACGGCGGGCGAUGGAGCGCAGAGCCGGGUCCCGCGCUGUGCCCCGGCGCACGCCGCUGCUGCCCCGCACCUGAGCCGUGAGGCCCCGGCCCCGCGCGCCCUCCCUCGGCCCCGCCACUCCGGCAGGCAUGUGGGAGCCGGGGCUCUCCGACGAAGCGCACGGCAACCUGUCCAGGGCUGCCGAGGACUGCGGCUCCGUGUCCGUGGCCUUCCCCAUCACCAUGAUGGCUACCGGCUUCGUGGGCAACGCGCUGGCUAUGCUGCUUGUGUCGCGCAGCUACCGUCGCCGCGAGAGCAAGCGCAAGAAGUCCUUCCUGCUGUGCAUCGGCUGGCUGGCACUCACCGACCUGGUGGGGCAGCUGCUGACCAGCCCGGUUGUCAUCCUCGUGUACCUGUCGCAGCGACGCUGGGAGCAACUCGACCCCUCGGGGCGCCUGUGCACCUUCUUCGGGCUGACCAUGACGGUGUUUGGGCUGUCCUCGCUCCUGGUGGCCAGCGCCAUGGCGGUGGAGCGCGCUCUGGCCAUCCGCGCCCCUCACUGGUACGCCAGCCACAUGAAGACCCGCGCCACGCGCGCGGUGCUGCUGGGCGUGUGGCUGGCGGUGCUGGCCUUCGCGCUGCUGCCGGUGCUGGGCGUGGGCCGCUACACCGUGCAGUGGCCGGGCACGUGGUGCUUCAUCAGCACCGGGCCGGCGGGCAACCACACGGCUCCCGCGCGCGAGCCGGCCACCGUGGUCUUUGCCUCCGCCUUCGCCUGCCUGGGCUUGCUGGCCCUGGUGGUGACCUUUGCCUGCAACCUGGCGACCAUCGAAGCCCUGGUGUCCCGCUGCCGGGCCAAGGCCGCCGCCUCGCAGACCAGCGCCCAGUGGGGUCGGAUCACCACCGAGACGGCCAUCCAGCUCACCGGGAUCAUGUGUGUGCUGUCCAUCUGCUGGUCGCCGCUGUUGAUAAUGAUGUUGAAAAUGAUCUUCAGUCAGACAUCGCUUGAGCAAUGCAAGACACAGAUGGGAAAGGAAAAGGAAUGCAACUCCUUCCUAAUUGCAGUUCGCCUGGCUUCGCUGAACCAGAUCUUGGACCCCUGGGUUUAUCUGCUGCUAAGAAAGAUCCUUCUUCGGAAGUUCUGCCAGAUCACACACCACCCCAACCCCAGCUCCAGCUCCACAUCCCUGCCCGGCCCCGGCUCUUCAGCGCUAAUGUGGAGUGACCAGCUGGACAGAUGUUGAACAGCCCAUGGUGGACUUUCAUCGUAGACUCUGCUUCCCUAGGACUGUGAAUUUCUUCCCCCUGAGAAGGAGAACUGCAUUAUUUUGGAUUGUAUCUUCUUUGGCCUCAUAUUUUAAUUUCUUCCCUUGCCAUUACACACUGAACAAGCUUUCUUAUGAUAAUCUGAGAGUCUGAAUGUGAGUUGGCUCCUGCACAGGGCUGACACUUCACACUGGAGAGACAGGGCAGGCCUGCGUAGACAAGGCUGGAGAGCCACAUACAGACUCCAGCUCCAGCCUCCAGAAUCUUUAUGGACAUCAAUGUCUUCACAUGUUUUCAUAGUUUGGUUCUACUGAAUAUAACUGAAAAGGCAGCAUAACUUUUUAACAGCAAAGCAUCAAUGUGUUGACAGCAAAUGUCCAUCUAAUCAGCCAUUAGCAUAACAAGACAAAAAAGUGUAUUCAAAAAGGCAGGAGGGAUUGUACAUAGUGUGUUUGUGCCAAGCAGGCAUGGGCACCACAGAGAGUUGUGUCCUUCUCACCAAGACUGGGAAAUAAAGCUUCUAGUUUAGUUCUAAUUACAGGAUCCUCAGUAUUGCAGGAAUUGUGCCAUUGCUUCUCUGUUUUUCAAGGGAGACAUUUAGCUGAGGGCACCUUCCAAUCAUCACAGGCAGUUCCAAGACUGGGUGACUAAGUGUUAGUGAGAGCCAUUAAAAGGUAAACAGCUAAUUAUGGUUUCAGUUCAAUCUUGUUUUUUGAAUCACUAUCAACUUAAGAUUUCUCAUAAUUUGUGCUCAGACAGCACAAACAAAAAAGGGCAAAAUUAAUGAAUGUCAGUUAUUCUACAUGUAACUCUGUGACUUUUUAUGAAUAAAAUGCUUUUUGUGUGUUGAAA